GGUGGCCUCUAAGCAGCUCUCCCAACCUCAUAUAAACCAAUGCACACACACACACCCACCCACAUCCAAAAGUUCUCACACACUCUACCGCCGAGUACAGAACACGCAGAGAUGGAUCUUCUGAAAGGAUCAGGGAAACAGGUGGAUGCGGUCAUCGACAAAGCAGCUGGUGUGGUGAAGGAGAAGGUGGGAGAUAUGAUCGGAGGAGGAACGAAGGAACCAAAGAAAGAUCAAGGUAUUGGUGAAAUGGUGACUGAUGAUGUGGUUGUUUCUCCAGGUAUUGGUGAAAUGGUGACUGAUGAUGUGGUUGUUUCUCCAGGUAUUGGUGAAAUGGUGACUGAUGCGGUGAAAGGGGUAGCAGCCAAUGCAGCCAAGGACAGUGCUGCAGACAAGGCCAAGUCUUUCGGAAAGAGCCUUUUGAAAUAAUCCCCCGACCUGGACUAUACCAUGUCCCCACUCCCCACGCCAUCCCUACAUGGACUCUACCAUCUCUCCACUCACCCCUGAAGAGUUCUCUGGAUACCUCAACCACAAACCUUCCUUCCCCUCAACCAACCCCAUACACUGUACUAUAACUGAGAUCUGUAUAAAGUUAAUAGGACAUGAAUAAACAUGAAUAAAACACCUCUUUCAGCA